AUGGCAGACGAGAGUCCAGUCCAGAACCUCUGCGAGGAAACAACAUGUUCCAUCUGCCUGGAGUAUUUCACAGAUCCAGUGACCAUAGAAUGCGGCCACAAUUUCUGCCAAACCUGCAUCACCCAAGCUUGGGGGAACUCGGACCAAGAUGCUUCUUGCCCUCAGUGCAGGGAACCUCGUCAGCAAAGGAAUGUCAGGCCCAACCGGCAACUGGCGAGCAUUGUGGAAAUAGCCAAGAAAUUCAGGCUUCAGAUGGCAAAAGGGGCAGAAGCGCUGGGAAAGGUUUGUGAGAGACACCAGGAGCCCCUGAAACUCUUCUGCAAAGACGACCAGGACCCCAUCUGUGUGGUGUGCGACAAAUCCAAGGAGCACAGGGACCACAAGGUGAUCCCAAAGGAGGAGGCCUUUGAGGAGUAUCAGGUAGGGAGAUGUAGGAUUGGGGACCAGGCUUCCACGGGAUGCUCAGUUAUCCAAGGGAUGGGGGAAAUAUUUCAGCCUGAGGGCUGCAUUUUUCUCUAGGCAAAAUUUGGGUGGGGUGUGUGGGUGGGUGAUGUGGGUGGGUGGGUGUUUUUGUCCCAAACGCUGCUGGUUAUUGGGUCCCGGGGCAAAAGGGGACAGAGCAACACUUGCAAAUUUCACCUUUUUGCAGUAGGCUAGUUCCUACAAAUGCUCUCAUUGCCGUCUCCUUUCGCCAUCUAAGUAAGUGGAAAGCAUUAGUGGAGUUCAGGGACACAUUCUAGCCUGGCAAAAAAGACUCGAGGAGGAUGUGAACUGGAGCUGGGGAAUGUUGCAGCCUGGGGAGAGGCCGGAAGCGAAUUAGGAGCUGCAGGACUCACUAUCUUCUACUGAGCAUUCAGUAGCAGGAACAUUCGCAAGAAGUUCCAAGGGAACUUGAAAACUUGAAGGCUGGUCUGAGGGCCAUAGCUCAGCAGAGGGUACCAGCUUCAUUCCUUAGCGUUUUUCUGUAGGGCUGGAGACAGCCUUUGUCCCAAAUCCUGGAAAGCAGUCUGUAUAGAAAACAAACCAGAGGUCUGAUUCUGUAUAAGCCAGCCUAGUGGAAGCAUUUGAUGUCCCCAGGUCCCAGCAGUCUCUCUUUUUCUUUAGUCCCAGAAUUUAUGUUGGGAAACAGAUGUUAUGCCCACCAGUUUCUGCUCAGGAGGCCAGCCCCCCCCGGUGGUCUAGGAGGGCAGUCUGCCCAGUGGAAAGGUUUUCAGGUGCUGCGGAUGCAGAGAUUAGCACUCGCAAUCCAGUCCUCAGUGGGAAAAGGUUGCACCAUCGUUGCCUGGAGAGAAACACCACUGUCAUCUUCUCAUGCCACAAAGUGGGCUUCUGGGCUCUUAGGGAAGGGAGCUGGGAUGUGGUGGCUUGCAGGAUCAAGGUGUGCAGGGAUCUGCAGGCGGGGCCUCACGUGACUCAGUCCUGCUUGCAAAGGAUUCAAACAAGGAGGUUUGUUUUGCACACGCUCCCGCUCAAAUAUUCUAACUUCCAUGUCCCUCAGUAUUUCAGCCACAGAGAAAAGUAACAAAGCCUAAAAUUGUAAAAAAAAAAUUGUAAAAGCUCUUCACUUCAGUCAUUGUUUGGAUGGGGAGAUUUAUUUUAUCCAUAUCCGUAGUCACACAAUCAAUCAGUCAAUCAAUCAAUCAGUAGCUGAACUGGGUUCCACACAGUCACAAAAACAAAUCAACUGAAAAAGCCUCAAAAACAAAAAUUCAAAAUAGAUAGCAAAAACAAAGGUGCCAAACUUAAUCCGUUCCGGAAGUCCAUUUUACUUCCGAAAUCUUCGAAAACCAAGGCGCAGCUUCUGAUUGGUGCAGGCGUCCCAGAAGCAAUAGCUGGCAGCCGCAUCGGACGUUUGGCUUCUGAAAAAUAUUCGAAAACAGGAACACUUACUUCCAAAGUCUUCUGGCAGUAUUCAGCACUAAAGACAUGUGCAAGCUCCAUAGCGUAUAAUCAAGGGUCAACAAACUGAAGUUGAAUCCAGAUCAGACUGAGGCACUGUUAGUGGGUGGUUCCCUAGACCAGAUGGGUGGGAGAUCAUCUGCUCUUGAUGAGAUUACACUUCCUCUGAAGGAGCAGGUUCGUAGCUUGGGGGUCCUCCUGGCCUGGAUCCUUUGCUGUCGCUCGAGGCUCAGGUGGCCUCAGUGGCACAGAGUGCCUCCCUUCAACUUUGGCUGGUGCCCAGCUAUGCCCCUAUCUGGACAGGGAUAGCCUAGCUACUGUUGUCUAUGCUCUGGCACACUCAUAUCUUCCUUCCUUUCAGAAAUUUGAAAGCCAUUGUGAUGUAGUGGUUAGAGGCCUGGGAGAGAAUCAGCUUCAAAUUGCCACUCUUACUUAAAACUCACUGCUGUGGCCGGAAGUCACUUUUCCCCAGCCUAACCCACCUCACAGGGCUUGUUGUGAGAGUUAAAGUGAGGGCAGGGGAGAAGGACCAUGUAGAUUGACUUGAGUUCCUUGCAGACAGGUGAGACAAAAAUGGAAAGAUGGGUGGGUGGAUAACGCUAGGAUAGAAGUCUUUGUUUCAUAACUCCAUCUUGCUGGACAUGAAGUCCCAUGGAUUUCUGAAAGCCUACAUUUGCACUGCUUGCAAACAUGUGAGUUCAUUAGCUAUUUUCUCAUAUGCAUUUUGGGAGCUGUAGCUGUUUGGUAGGGGACACGGGUGGCGCUGUGGGUUAAACCACAGAGCCUAGGACUUGCUGAUCAGAAGGUCAGCGGUUCGCAUCCCCACAACGGGGUGAGCUCCCGUUGCUCAGUCCCUGCUCCUGCCAACCUAGCAGUUCGAAAGCACGUCAAAGUGCAAGUAGAUAAAUAGGUACCACUCCAGUGGGAAGGUAAAUGGUGUUUCCGGGCGCUGCUCUGGUUCGCCAGAAGCGGCUUAGUCAUGCUGGCCACAUGACCCAGAAGCUGUACGCUGGCUCCCUUGGCCUGUAAAGCAAGAUGAGCGCCACAACCCCAGAGUCGGCCACAACUAGACCUAAUGGUCAGGGUUCCCUUUACCUUUACCUUAGCUGUUUGGUGCAGUAGGUACCAGCACAUGGUACCUUUGGAUAUUCUAAUACAGACAACAUCUGGUUUUGUUGUGCCAUCAGGAAAGUAUUAGGUGCAAUCCUAUCCAUGUAGAAAAUGCUGAGCUUAUUUGGCUCAACAUAUUUGUGUGAGAAGACAUUCUCUGCUAUGAACUUUAACAAGAACAGUGUGAGGACAAGACUAAAUGACUGUCACCUGUGUGGCAUUUUGCAGAUCAAAACCACUGCCUUUGAACCAGACCUAGCCUAUGUCCAGAUCUCAGUUUCACCCUUCACAUUAGUGCAGGCAAGUUUUGUUUUUCCAAUUGAGAUGAAUACAUUGUAAAAUCUCAGUUAAUGUCAGUUGGUCUAAAUCAGGUAUAAAUAUAUUUGGACACAACAUGUAUACCUGGUGUUAUGCUCCUGUUCAUAUUUUUUGAACUUAAAAGUUGACAGGCAACCUUUAUUACCAAUAAUAUGUAAUGUACUUUACAAUGUUUCUGAUAUAUUUCAGCUUCCUGUGUUCCCCCCGCCAUCAGAUAUGAAAGGCAGAGUGAUUUAACACCUGUUUAGAUUUGCCAUCCAUGUGACGAAAUGAAAAGUAUGCCAUUUGCAAUAAACUUUGCAUAAGUACUCAGUGAUACGCAGUACCAGCACCUUUCCACCCCAAAUGUUAAAAGUGUGGCACUUACAGUAACAACUUCUUGGUGAAUACUUGAAGGGGUUUUUUUUAAAAAGAAAAGAAAGAAGAGCGAGCUCUGAAUAGGGCUGUUCACCAGCCACAAGCUUUGGUUCGCACCCCAAUUUAACUUUGGAAAAGAUCAUGGUUUGGUGCAGAAAGUUUUAUGAGACUGCUACGAUUUUAUGAGUAUAUCUUUGCUGCCAAAACUAACCCAAAUGCCCUUUUGCCCACCCCAGGGUAAAAUUCUGCGUCAUUUGGAGUUCCUGAACAAACAGAAAGGAGAAAUUCAGUCUUCUAAACUGACGGUGGAAACAGAAAGCCAGAAUCUGCUGGUAGGUGCAAACAUUCUUGCCUCUCUAGGAUGGUUAUACUUGACAGAGUGAGGCCUUAAUUCUGUGGUGGAGCCUAUGCUUCACUUGCACAGUGUCCCAGAUUUGAUCACUGGCAUUAUCAAUUAAAUGGAUAUUGGGUGGUAGAGUUAGGAAAGGUCUCUGCUUCAGACCUUGAAGAGCAGCUGCCUGCAAGGCUAGACAACAUUCAGCAGGAUCGGCUAAAAUUGGUAGGGUUGUCUAGGGGCGAAUGUAGUCCUUGAGUCCAAAAAUGCCAGCCAUUUGGGCUGGGGUAUAAAUAAUAAAUUAUUAUUAUUAUUAUUAUUAUUAUUAUUAUUAUUAUUAUUGCCAUGCCAGCAUCAUCAUCAUCAUCAUAUUUAUACUCCACCCAUCUGGCUGGGUUUCCCCAGCCACUCUGGGCGGCUCCCAACAGAAUUAAUGAUAAUAAUAAAAAAGCGAUAAAACAUCAAACAUUAAAAACUUCCUUAAACAGAGCUGCCUUCAGAUGUCUUCUAAAAGUCAGAUAGUUGUUUAUUUCCUUGACAUCUGAUGGGAGGGUGUUCCACAGGGCGGGCGCCGCUACCGAGAAGGCCCUCUGCCUGGUUCCCUGUAACUUGGCUUCUCGCAGCGAGGGAACCGCCAGAAGGCCCUUGGAGCUGGACCUCGGUGUCCGGGCAGAACGAUGGGGGUGGAGACGCUCCUUCAGGUAUACUGGGCCGAGGCCGUUUAGGGCUUUAAAGGUCAGCACCAACACUUUGAAUUGUGCUCAGAAAUGUACUGGGAGCCAACGUAGGUCUUUCAAGACUGGUGUUAUAAUAAUAAUAAUAAUAAUAAUAAUAAUAAUAAUAAUAAUAAUAAUUUAUUAUUUAUACCCCACCCAUCUGGCUGAGUUUCCCCAGCCACUCUGGGCGGCUCCCAAUCAGUGUUAAAAACAGUUAUGCGGUCUCGGCGGCUGCUCCCAGUCAUCAGUCUAUCUGCCGCAUUCUGGAUUAGUAGCAGUUUCCAGGUCACCUUGAAAGGUAGCCCCAUGUAGAGCGCAUUGCAAUAGUCCAAGCGGGAGAUAACCAGAGCAUGCACCACUCUGGCAAGACAGUCCGCGGGCAGGUAGGGUCUCAGCCUGUGUACCAGAUGGAGCUGGUAGACAGCUGCCCUGGACACAAAAUGACUCCCAGGCUGUGCACCUGGUAUUUUAAAGAACGAAGUGACCCCACAAAGCUAGUCCUCCUUCUUCUCGUCACUUCCUCACGGCCCUACUAUUAGGCAGGGUGAGGUGGCCAAGGCAGGAUGAAGAUGCCAGGGAACAGAGAGCAGCAGCAGCAGCAGCAGCUAAUAGAUCAGUAGGUGAGCAGAAGGAAAAUAUUGAGGACUGAGCAAGCAAAGAAGUCGUGUCCUGCUAAGCUAGCCUGCCUGCUGCCCUCGGCUGUGACUGAACUUCUGAAGUAAACAUCAGCUGCCCUGCCAGUCAGCUUGUGCACAUGGAAUUAAAAGGACAUCUAAACGUCUUUUUCUGGCCAUGACUCUCUCCUUGCAGAAGCAGACAGCCACGGAGAGGCAGAAAAUCAUGGCUGAUUUCCAGCAAUUGCACCAGUUUCUGGAAGAACAAGAGUGCCUUCUGCUGACGCAGUUAAAGGAACUGGACGAUGGGAUUAAAAACUGUAGGAAUCUAUAUAUUGCCAGACUCUGUGAGGAAAUUGCCUCCCUUAACAACCUAAUCAGGCAGCUGGAGGAGAAACAGAAGCAGCCAGUGACUGAAUUCUUGCAGGUGAGCAAUGGUGGAACAAAACUGUCCAGGUUGUCCUCUGGGGAAGGGCUGUACCACCCCACACUCUGUUCAUUGGUCUAUAGAAGUAUUUACAGUAGGUGUGUGCACCUCAAUAUUUGGUUGAUAUGUAAAGCAAAGGGGAAAGUAAUAAACUGCUGCAGGGAACUGGCUUGGUCAAAGAAAGCUUGACAAAAACAAGGAGUCCAUUUAAUGUCCCUUCAAGUUGCAUCUUGUUGGUGUCUCCUUACAUCUGUCAGUGUCAAGACCCUGUCCUGGCAUCCCUUCUACCUGCGAACAGGUACCUAAAGUCAGCCUAAUUGUCAAAUCAAAAAUACCUGUGUGUGUGCACAGCUCAAUCCUAGGGAGAAAAUGGAAUCCCUUUUAUUUUUCAUUUUCCCAAAAUCAACUUUAAAGACUCAUAACACCAACCCCUAGAACUAUUUGUCCCCUUCCUUCCUUCCUUCCUUCCUUCCUUCCUUCCUUCUUUUACUCCAGUUACACUUGUCUCUCAUGUUUUCCUACUUUCAGACUGAUUGUCCAUAAAACACUACGGGAAGUUAAGUGAUUCCUUUUUUACCUACUCCAGAACUGUAAAUUCUACCUUAGUGGGAGAACUGUUGCAGUUAUCACUCAUUCCCUCUGAAGAAGCAACAAUGGGCACUAAUUUCAUCCAUUUUUUAUUACAGGUUAUAGAGGUUUCCUUAAAAAGAGAGAAAGGGAGCCAAAUCUGCCCAAUGGGACGCCCCCUGAAUUUAUUUGCCUGUAAUUUGCAAGGUUUAAGCUACUCUGGAGGGACAAAGAGGCUUGCAAAUUUCAUCCACUUCUGUCAAACAGAAACAAAGUUAGAGCCAUAAUAUGGACCAUUUGUGCUGGUGGAGCUUAAUUUUUGACAAAGUAGAAUUGGAUCUGGACCCUUUGUUGCACUGGGCAGAGUACGAAGUACUUCAGGGUGAAAGAAAUCAAUAUUUUAAAGCAGGGUUGCCAAACCACACAUGACCUUGUAACUUACAAGCAGAUGGAAACCUGUAGCAUUUAAAGGAGGCAAGGAGGCAUGUGGAAGAGAAAGCCUGCGGAGGAUGGGUGGGGCCCCACUCCAGCCUGCUCCCCCUUAAGGCUCUAACAUGGCAAGGGCUGAGAGCAGCUUCUCAUGCCUGCCUUGCUCAGUGGGGCCCGUGGUCCCUGGACUAGCCCGUUGUCUCUGCAGAAAACAUUGUGUUAUACAUAGAAAGAUACAGUAUGUCCCCUCUGUGAACUGAUGUGUGGUGCAAAGGACUGAAUUUCCCCAGACCGUGGGGACCCCUGAGAAAUUAAUAAUUAUAAUUUGGACUAUAAUUUGGUCUUUUUUAUUUUAGUUUUUUUAUUUUAAUUGGAGUAUUAUGAUUGGAUAUAUUAACUGGAUGUUUUUUAUUGGAAAAUCAAUAAAAAUGAUUUUUUUAAAAAAGAAGGACUGAAUUUCUCUCAUUCUGUCUCUUCCAUCUAGAAUAUGAGAAGCAUCCUGGAAAGGUAUGUGGCUUUGUUAUAGUGGGCUGGUACUGAUUUCCUUCCUCUGUGGUAAGGGAGAAAUUGAUUUGGUCUAUGUGAGCCAAUGUAAUUCACAGUUUACAGACCAAUAAGCAGAUCAGAAAACAGUUACCCAUCUGAUUGCACACUUAUACAAAUGUUGUGAUGCGUUUUUUAUCCAAACUGCGUAUCUCGUGUGGGGAAAUGUACAAAAAGCGUAUUGGGGGAUACCUAGAACAGCAUACAAAAAUGAAUAGAAUUUUGGUGUGUAUGUGUGUGUGUUAUGCAUAUAAAAUGCAUAUUUUAGGAAGGAGUGAUGAUAUUUUUUCCAUCUACUGUAUACUUCAUAUCAUAGCAGAGAUGGUGGUGGUGGUGGAUUAUUAGAUUUCUUACUUGCCCUCCACUGUCAGGUUCCAGGGCAAUUUAUGGAUUAAAAUACAAUAUUAAAAAUAGUUAAAACAAAUUACAAUCCAAGAAAACUGGGCAGGUCCUAAAAUACAUCUCCUAGAUGACAAAGGCCAGAGUAAAGAGAUGCGCUUAUUAGUUACUUGUGUGCAUUAUCUGCAAACAUAAUUUGUUGGAGUAAAUAUUCAGUAAGGCUCUGCUCCAGAUUCACCCAGAUCCUCAACUAAAUUGGGCCGAUUUAUACCCUGUUCUGACCAGGUAGAAGCACAACUUUGUCACAAGUUAAUCAGGCACUUCUGACCUAGCAGUAAUUUUAAACAUGGUACGGUAUGCAACGUGUGUCAAAAUUUCAGGCAGAUUGUUUAAAGUAUUUCUGCAUCUUAACGGUAAAGUUUAUUUUUUAAAAAAAUAAAAGAGAGGUAAGAUAGAUUAUGGAUUGAUCUUUUAUAUGUAAAUUUUAUAUGAAAAAUGUUUAUGUAAAUUUACAUUCCCCCCCCCCCCCGCAUUAUACUUCACUUCCCAGUUUGUCAUAGGUCUUUGUAAUGGGCACAGGGCAGACAAUACCAUUCGCUGCUGUCACAGGGCUCAUCCAUACUUCAGCUUUUCCUGUGAUUUCUAGAAAGAGGCUUUUAUUUUGUCCCACCGCUUUUCCUGGGAUAACCUGCUGCUUACCACUGAAAUGGAAGAAACAUAAAUCCGCAGAAAACCCAAUAAAUGUUUGGUUCUAUUUCGCUGUUAACCCACAGAAAACUCGACUGACCUUUGUUCCGAUUCAGUGGUAAACAGUGGGGACUUUCGUGGGGAAACCAGGGGGAAUGAAAGAAAAACCUAUCAUGGCUGAGCCCUUGGUAUCUUCCUGCUGUUCCCACUUUUCUCCUUCAUUCUGACGACUGAAUUAAAAAUGACUUGAGAAUGACCUGAUGGAUCACAAUAAACCUCACUUGCUUCUUCCUAGGUGUAAUGAAAAUGAAAAUAAAACCAUAGAUGCAAUAGCUUUCCCUCCUGGAUUAAAACAGCAAAUAGAUAAAUUCUCUAAAAUGCAUCCUUUUUUGGAGAAGGAGACCAAGAAAUUUAAAGGUAACUGAGAUCAUUGUAUGAUGUUUUAUAUGUGAGAUAGAUGAUGAUGAUAGAUAGAUGAUAGAUAUUGUUGCAUGCCAUUCCCAUUCCCAAAUGAUGAAUAUUCCAGGGGUUCCCCCAGGGUUCAAGUUUCCUAUUGGCAAAUGAGGCACAGCAGAGACUGUGGUGUCUUUAGGAUAUAUGGUUUAUUUACACAUAUAUGCAAUCUGAGCCUACAAUGGAGGGGUUCACAGGCACCCCAAGAGAGUCUUGUUUCUCUCAUAGCCCCAGCCUUGCAUUCAAAACAGGAACCCACCAUUGUGCUCUGAUUCUCAUUCUGUCUUGCUGUCUUUUACAGCCUGUCACAUCCAUAAACUCUGCUCUACUUCAAAACUCUGGUUUUGUCUUCUAACUCUCUCAGAGCUGGGGGAGGCAACUCUUCUCUGUGCCCCCCACCCUGAACAUGCUUUCAUAACACUUAAUGCUAAUGCUGGAAGAGGGAGGAAGAUGGAGAACUAUGGCUAAAUUUUAGAUUUAGACACGAACACUCUUGCAAACAUUCUAAAUCAAAAGCAAUGCCCUUGGAGCCACGUACGAGUAUUGACUUUUUCCUCAUUUCACUUUUUUUCCUCAGACGUUGUGCUCUCUGGACCUCAAGACGAAAUAGGUACAUUUCCAGGUUUGGCAGAUCUUUAAACAAUUUUUGCAGAUGGGAUAUGGGAGGGUUUUGCACUUCAAUCUCCCAGCAGCACAAGAUUGCUGGGGUCCCAAGCUGCAUCCCCUGGGUUCAUAUUUCCUUUUGGGAAAUGAGAGACAGCAGAGACUGUGGUGUCUUUAGGAUAUAUGGUUUAUUCCCACAUAUAUAGAAUCUGAGCCUACGAUGGAGGGGUUCACAACACGGACACCCCAAGAGAGUCAUGUUUCUCCCAUAGCCCCAGCCUUGCAUUCAAAGCAGGAAUCAGCCCUUGUGCUCUGAGCCAGUGUGGUGUAGUGGUUAAGAGCGAUGGGUUCGCUUCCCCGCUCCUCCACAUGCAGCUGCUGGGUGACCUUGGGCCAGUCACACUUCUCUGAAGUCUCUCAGCCCCACUCACCUCACAGAGUGUUUGUUGUGGGGGAGGAAGGGAAAGGAGAAUGUGAGCCGCUUUGAGACUCCUUCGGGUAGUGAUAAAGCGGGGUAUCAAAUCCAAACUCUUCUUCUUCUUUUUCUGGCCUGCUGCCUUUUACAGCCUGUCACAUCCCUAACCUCUACUUCAAAACUCUGGUUUUGUCUCUGGUUAACUCUCUCAGAGCCGGGGGAGGGGGCCAUUAGUGUACCCCAUUAUUGGCGCUGUCUGCAGAAGGAAGCUCUAAAUCACAUCAGGAUCCUACAUGAGAUUCUAAUGUGAUUGGGGGCAGGGUAUAGAAUGCUGGAAGGAAAGAGCCGUGUAUGGAAAUUUAAAUUUUCACACGUAUAAUUUCCUGUUAGAUAUCUGAUAUCUUGACAUUUGAGGGUUCUGUAUGAGGGUCAUUUUAAAAUUCUGAGUGACCUUUGGCAUUGAUUGCAACUCUUCUCUGAGUACCCCACCCCCCAACAUGCUAGCAUAACACCUAAUGCUAAUGCCGGAAGAGAGUGGAAGAGGGAGUAAAAGGUAAAGGGACCCCUGACCAUUAGGUCCAGUCAUGACUGACUCUGGGGUUGCAGCGCUCAUCUCGCUUUUUUGGCCAAGGGAGCUUCUGGGUCAUGUAGCCAGCAUGACUAAGCCACUUCUGGCGAACCAGAGCAGCGCACAGAAACGCCUUUUACCUUCCCGCUGAAGCGGUACCUAUUUAUCUACUUGCACUUUGACGUGCUUUCGAAUUGCUAGCUUGGCAGGAGCAGGUACAGAGCAACGGGAGCUCACCCCGUCACGGGGAUUCGAACUGCCAACCUUCUGAUCAGCAAGUCCUAGGCUCUGUGGUUUAACCCACAGCGCCACCCACGUCCCUUGAAAGUACUAUAGUUAAAUUUUAGAUUUUGGCAUGAACACACUUCCAAGCUCUCUAAAUCUAAAGCAUUGCCCUUGGAGCCAUGUUUGAGUAUUGACUUUUUCCUCAUUUCGCUUUCCUCCCUUAGACGUUGUGCUCUCUGGGCCUCAAGAAAAGAAAGAGACAGCUGUACCCCAAGCAGCACAAGGUUUCUGGAUUCCCAAGCUGCCUCCCCUGGGUUCGUAUUUCCUUUUGGAAAAUGAGGCACAGCAGAGACUGUGGUGUCUUUAGGAUAUAUGGUUUAUUUACACAUAUAGGCACUCUGAGCCUACAAUGGAGGGAUUCACAGGCACCCCAAGAGAGUCUUGUUUCUCCCAUAGCCCCAGCCUUGCAUUCAAAACAGGAAUCAACCCUCGUGCUCUGUUAUCUUUCUGUCUUGCUGCCUUUUACAGCCUGUCACAUCCCUAAACUCUACUCCAAAACUCUGGUUUUGUCUUCUAACUCUCUCAGAGCUGGGGGAGGCAACUCUUCUCUGUGCCCCCCACCCCAAACAUGCUUUCAUAACACUUAAUGCUAAUGCUGGAAGAGGGAGAAAGAUGGAGUACUGUGGCUAAAUUUUAGAUUUAGGCCUGAACACACUUGCAAACAUUCUAAAUCUAAAGCAUUGCCCUUGAAGCCCAGUACGAGUAUUGACUUUUUCCUCAUUUCACUUUUUUCCUCAGAUGCUGUAUUCUCUGGCCUUCAAGGAAAGACAGGUACAUUUCCAGGUUUGGCAGAUUUUUAAACAAUUUUUGCAGAUGAGAUAUGGGAGCGUUUUGGACUUCAAUCUCCCAGUAGCACAAGAUUGCUGGGGUCCCAAACUGCAUCUCCAGAGUUCGUAUUUCCUUUUGGGAAAUGAGAGACAGCAGAGACUGUGGUGUCUUUAGGAUAUAUGGUUUACUUACACAUAUAUGCAAUGUGAGCCUACGAUGGAGGGGUUCACAGACACCCCAAGAGAGUCUUGUUUCUCCCAUAGCCACAGUCUGGCAUUCAAAACAGGAAUCAAACAUUGUGCUCUCAUGCUCUUUCCAUCUUCAGGCCUUUUACAGCCUGUCACAUCCCUAAACUUUACUUCAAAACUCUGAUUUUGUCUUCCAACUAUAUCAGAGCUGGGGAACGGGCCCUCCAAAGAGCUGUCUGGCACAGAGCCCCCUCUCUGUCUUUCUUGAUGGCCCAACUCCUUUCCUUUGCUCUUGGUUAAUGGCCCAGACUAACUGUGUACAUGGGACUAACUCUCCUGGCUACUACACAUUGAUGCCGCUUGCCCUCCUUUCGCUUGGCUCCCUUCUCCUGUCUGCUUUAGGACAAACAGAUGAAUACUACUUCCUACUGCGGGCAGAUUUGAGGGUAAACCAUACACAGCACGGGUCUGCCCCUGUGGCUCGUUGGAAGUUGAAACUACCUCACAUGUAUUAUUACGUUGUCGUCUUUAUGAGGAUAUACGUUUGACUUUUAUUACACCUGUUUUACAAAAGUCCAGGAAAGAAUCGGAACACCAUGGUUUAAAACCACUGCUAGAGGACAAGAAUCCCAAGACUACAUUAAAUGUAGCCAAAUUCUGUGCGGCUGCAAUUAAUCGCAGGAAGCAAGUGGUAUCCCAUAAUGACCAAACCCCUAAAUGUUAAUUACAGGGGGCACGCUAAUAAUUAAUUUUAAUUUUUUAUAUUUAAAUGCUUGUUACACUCAUAUUGUCCUCUGUAUUUUUGAUAUUUUUUUUUUUAAUGAUCUGUGAUAUUGUGUGUGUUGUCGCUGGUCUGUGACCGUAUUAAUAAAUUCAUUCAUUCAUUCAUACUUCCUACUGCAAUCUGGUGAAUGAGAGGACAGGGAAGCAAGCAAGAAUAGCUGGAGCUACUGGCUCUGCAUUGAAAGGAAGUUCUGAAGUGGACCAUUGCUUGCUCUGAAGCUGGUUUAGACUCGUCAAAUACAAAUGUGGAGGGACGACUGUGGCUCUCUUGUGCUGUUCACUUCUCCCGCAUGCUUAGAACCACACGAGGGAGAUCAGAGAUAUGUGCACUAGCUCUGUCCCCUCUAGUGUACCCCAUUAUUGGCGCUGACCACAGAAGGGAGCUCUAAAUCACAUGAAGAUCCUACAUGAGAUUCUAAUGUGAUUGGGGGCAGGGAAUAGAAUGCCGGAAGGAAAGAGCAGUGUAUGGAAAUUUUAAUUUUCACAUGUAGAAUUUCCUGUUAGAUAUCUGAUAUCUUGACAUUUGAGGGUUCUAUGUGAGGGUCAGUUUAAAAUUCUGAGUGACCUUGCGGUCUUUGGCAUUGAUUGCAACUCUUCUCUGAGUGCCCCCCAAAACAUGUUUUCAUAACACUUUAUACCAACGCUAGAAGAGGGCAAAAGAUGGAGUUGUUGUUGUUUAGUCGUUUAGUCGUGUCCCACUCUUCGUGACCCCAUGGACCAGAGCACGCCAGGCACUCCUGUCUUCCACUGCCUCACGCCGUUUGGUCAAACUCAUGCUGGUAGCUUCGAGAACACUGUCCAACCAUCUCGUCCUCUGUCGUCCCCUUCUCCUUGUGCCCUCCAUCUUUCCCAACAUCAGGGUCUUCUCUUCUCAUGAGGUGGCCAAAGUAUUGGAGCCUCAGCUUCAGGAUCUGUCCUUCCAGUGAGCACUCAGGGCUGAUUUCCUUCAGAAUGGAUUGGUUUGAUCUUCUUGCAGUCCAUGGGACUCUCAAGAAAAGAAAAGACUCUCAAAAAAGAUGGAGUAAUAUGGCUAAAUUUUAGAUUUUGGCAUAAACAUACUUGCAAACAUUCUAAAUCUAAAGCAUUGCCCUUGGAAUCAAGUAUGAGUAUUGACUUUUUCCUCAUUUGACUUUUUUCCCCCUUAGGUGCUGUGCUCUCUGGACUUCAUAAAAAGGAAGACAGGACUGUACCCCAACUCAAUCUCCAAGCAGCACAAAAUUCCAGGGCUCCCAAGCGGUUUUCCCAGGUUUCGUAUUUCCUUUUGGGAAAUGAGAUACAGCAGAGAACUGUGGUGUCUUUGCGAUAUAUGGUUUAUUUACACAUAUAUACAAUCUGAGUCUACGAUGGAGGGGUUCACAACACAGACACCCCAAGAGAGUCUUGUUUCUCCCAUAGCCACAGUCUUGGAUUCAAAGCAGGAAUCAACCAUCGUGCUCUGAUUCUCUAUCCAACUUGCUGCUUUUUACAGCCUGUCACAUCCCUAAACUCUACUCCAAAACUCUGGCUUUGUCUUUUAACUAUUUCAGAGCUGGAGGACUGGGAAGCAAGCAAGAGUAGUUGAAGCUUGACAUUUGAGAGUUCUUUUUUCUAUUUAGAAUUCUGAGUAAUCUUCAUUACUUGGCACUGAUUUCUCUGAACCCCACCCCCCUCAAUGUUUUCAUAAAAUGUAAUGAUAAUGCUGGAAUGCUGUGGCUUGCUGAAGUCAGCUGGGAGUUCACCACACCUCAACUGGUGUGUGUUAUGAGCACAGAAGCGGAGUCAUCAGAGAUUUCCUUCUCCCAACUGAACAGCAUCUUCCAGAUUCCCAGUUAAAGGGGAAACUCCUCACACACAGUUCAAAGUAACCAAGUGUUUAAUGUCUCCAGACACAAACACAAUUCUGCUGGUCUUUAAAGUAAAGAUACGUAUGAGCAGAUCCAUUGACACUCAUCACCAUGCUAGCUAAUGCUUCUGUAUAAAACCCACGGCCUCUUUCCCUGAGUCCUACAGAGUCAGACCCUGACAGCAAAUGGGACAGGGCACAGACAAGACAGACAGGAUGAAAGCAAUGCCCUAGAGGCUACUAUUUCUGUCUCUACAUGUAGGCACAUUUCCUGGACCAAUGGGAGGGUGAAUGACUCCACAAGUCGCACACUAGACCUUUCUGGUCCUGCUAUGGCAACCCAGUGCACCCGGCACCCUUAUCUCAGAACAUCCAGACGUGGGAAAUGUGCUCCUCAAGGCACGAGCCCAAGCACUGUGCAAUUUCACCCAUUGUUCACAUUACACCAACACAGAAGAGGGCAAACGAUCAUAUACGAUGGCUAAAUUUUAGAUUCUGGCGUGAACACACUUCCAAGCACUCUGAAUCUAAAUCAUUACCUUGGAAGUAUGAGUAUUGACUUCUUCUUCAUAUCACUGUUUUUCCUUAGAUGUUUCGUUCUCCUGACCUCAAGAUAAGAAAGACAAAUUCCACCAAAAAUCCACAGAAGCCCUGGUGA